AUGAAGAAGAUCUGGGCUGUUCUACUCGUCCUGUGGGCCUGUGUACCUGGCCGUUGUCUGGUGGUGGGAGGGCUGGCGAGAGCCGGGGAAGGUGCGGCAAGAUACCGCCGGGAAGUGACCGACACCGCUCAGGACUGCAGUGCGGAACUAAAUCGCCAGAGAGAGCUGAACAGGGUUCUCAAGGAGGAGAAUGCACAACUUACUCGCCUGUUGGUCGCACAGCAACCAGAAAGCCGACAGGAGGCAGACAGACCUCCAUCCGUACAGAUCAUCCGAACGGAAGAGGGGGCGGAAACCAAGGGUCCAGGAUUUGAACUCAGACUGCGCGGGGGCGAGGCGGCUCACAGAGGCCGUGUGGAGUUGAAGGUGCUCGGGUCAGAGGUCACAGACUGGGGGGUUAUCUGUGACGACGGCUGGGACAAGCGGGAGGCAGAUGUCGUCUGUAGGUUGCUAGGAUACAGCGAGGCGAAGCGAGCGACCAAAAACUCACGUUUUGGCCACGGAGAUCUCAACUUCAUCACAGACGACGUCUUCUGCCUUGGGAACGAGACCAGUCUUCUGGAGUGUCGCCAUGGCAACUGGUGGGGGUCGGACUGUGACCCGAGAGAAGUGGCGGGAGUCAUCUGUCUGCGGGAAGAAGUUGAUCUGAUAGACGAAGGUCCGGAGGUUCCACAGCCAAGUUACGACUUCUGUUACGUUGGAAACGGGGAGUCGUAUCGUGGCAGCCACAGCUCAACGGAAAGUGGCGCCCCCUGUCUGAAAUGGAGUGAAACACAUGACAGGCCAUUUAAUACUCGCCGUUUUGGCCAAGGACAACGUGGAAUAGGUGAUCACAACUACUGCCGCAACCCUGACGGGGACUCGCGCCUUUGGUGUUACGUGGCCGGAGAGGAGCGUUUCGCCUAUUGUGACCUACUCCAAUGUAACGUUGACUGUUACACCGGGGAUGGAGGAGAGUACCAGGGAGACAAGAGAACCGACAGGGACGGUAACCUGUGCGUCAGGUGGGACCAGGUGGGCGCCACGUCACACGGCAGUCCAGGUAACCAUAAGAAGUGCCGUAACCCCACCGGUGCGGCGGAGCCCUGGUGCUACAUCCGGCAGGGUGAUGACGACUUCCGCCCUUCGCCCUGCGGCCUCACGAAGUGCAGUAACCCGGAUUACGAAGCCAAAAUAGGGAGCUGCAAGGGAGACCGGUUCAGAUGCGUAUCCGACAACGUGUGCAUCCCUACACUGUUCAGGUGCGAUCAUGACGUAGACUGUGAGGAUGCCAGCGACGAAGAUGGGUGCGACGACGGCACGGUUGGCGGUUACCGGCUGUACCGCCAGGCGGCGCUGCGGGUCCGUCCGCAGGUGCACGUGUACCAUCACGUGGAUCCCGAGACGUGCAUGCAGCACUGCGCAGCCGCCAAUGACGUCAUCUUCACCUGUCGGUCCUUCGACUACGACAAGGAGCACCGGUCAUGCGCACUGUCGGCCUUUAACACAGAUGCUGCUGGUGGGUUGAAUAGAGGCGCGGACUUCGACAAGUUUGACCACUACGAACGGCUGGAACACGUUGGUAACUUCAACUGCACGUUGUUGCCCGACGGACCAUAUUUUCAGUGUGGGAACGAGAAGUGCAUACAGGAGCGCCUAGUGUGCGAUGGGAACGACGACUGUGGCGAUUUUACCGACGAGGAAACUUGUGGUGAGCAGGCACCGUUUGAAGUCCGUCUGUCGGGAGGGUUCGCGCCUUGGCAAGGUCGUGUAGAGGUCAGGUACAACGGGACCUGGGGACUGAUCUGUGAUGAUUCAUGGGAUAUCCAGGACGGUCACGUGGUGUGCCGAGAGCUGGGCUAUCCUCUAGGAGCGGAAUGGACGGACACACGGUCCCGGUUUGGCGGGAACAGCCUGGGGUUCCUGCUGGAUGAAGUGGUGUGUGACGGGACCGAGUCGUCCCUCACACAGUGUGAGCACGGACCCUGGGGACAGCACGACUGCAGCUUCUUCGAGGUGGCAGGGGUCAGGUGUCGGAUCGGGGAGCCGGAAGGUAAGGCUGUCUUCAUUAUGAGUUUGAAUGCACAGUUCCCGGCAUCCUCGGCGGCUGUGUUCCCAGGUCGUUUCUGUGUGACGGAGAGGCGGACUGCGGAGACGGAAGUGACGAAAGAUUCUGCGGUGAGGCUCGUUCCCAGAACAUAG